CCGGGGAUGUACGGCAAGAUUCUUCACUCUAACUGAUCAGAAAUGCUCUCAUUAUCGCCCUAACUGUAUCUCAAGGGGGAAUAUUUCUUUGGCCUUUCGAUUUGGACGGUUUCUACCAGUAACAUCACAGGGGAUUCCCGGAAAGCCAAGUACUUCCGCUUUCAAUUUCUCAGAAAUCAGUCUUACAUUUUAGUUCAAUCAGGGCUCGAACGAACAUGGCCGAGAAUAUGGCAAACAGAGAAAGAACUGCUGGACCGUCAGUUGUUCAGGUGGAAGGCGACAUUCACAUCGACCCGACGUUAGUUUUUCGCAGCGUUUAUGUCACAGGAUUUCAACCGACAACAAAAUCGGAAGACCUAAUUAUUCAUUUUCAGCGUUCGAGAAACGGCGGCGGUGAUAUCGACAACAUCGUUGUCAGUAAGCUAGGAGCUGCAGUAAUAACAUUUGACAGCCCUGAAGUUGUGAAAACAGUUCUACAGAAGGAACAGGAGUUUGGAGGAGCAGCUUUAAUAGUGAAACAGUAUGAGGAAAGCAUGAAGAAGGAUAAUCACGACUGCGAGGUGUUCGAGCUGGUUUCUGCAGAGCUUUGUUUAGAAACGGUGGAACUCCUCACCCGUGAACAAACAAAAACCCUCUUAGACGAAAUUGCUGGCAAAACUGGUAUUAAGUGGAUUGAAGUCAGUGAAACUUUUACUAUGUCAGGAGAUUUCAAGCAAGUGGAGCGGUCCCGUACCUACUUACAACAGGCUAUAAAUCAAUCUGGUGGAAUUGCAGUAUUCAGUGGCCUGAAAAGAAAAAUGACGCAACCUCAGAAGCACCGUGAAAACGAGUCUCAGUUUGGUGGCGAUGAAAGCGAUGGAGGUCUGAACCAAACCUGCACCAAGGCAAUUGCUGUGCGAAAUGGAUUACAUUGCCAAGACCAAGGACCAAGUAAAACAGAGUCCAACUGUGUUGAACAUGUCAUACCCCCAGUAAAUCACCAUUUUGAGGUCGAGCCAAAGUUCAUAAAAGUUUUUGUCAAAGCACACGAAACUGAACUGAACAGUAUCGAGGCCAAAUACCAUGUGAAGAUACCACGAGAGGCUAAAGAUGGCAAAAUCAGAGUGGCACCGGACGACGCGUGCAGCACUGAGGAAUACGACAAGGCUUGCGACCUGUUCAUUGACUUGUACCAACAGAUGACUCAGGUAAUGAAGAUGGAACGUUUCUCUCUGAAGAGUGAUAAAAAUAUUGUCCCUGCUCGAAAGAAAAUUCUUGAAAUGAGUAAAUUGUUUCCAGUCUCUGUUGAGGUGGCAAGGGAUCAAAAGCACUGGGAACUGUAUGGAGAAGAACACGACUUGGAGGCAGCCUUCGAAUUUCUUAGAAAGGAGGAGAUAGAAAUAAAGAGGGAAGCAGGAAAAGACAAGGGCACUGAAGAAUUUCAAGAGUCAAGCCACGAUGAGGAGAUGGAUGUAGACCCUUCAGAUUCUUCCACAGGGUUCCAAAGUAAAGAUCUAAUAGAAACCUACAUAGGUGGUGUCAAAGUGUCAGUUUACAAGGGAGAUAUUACCAGCGAACGGGUUGAUGUCAUUGUAAACGCCGCCAACAAUCACCUUCGACACGAUGGAGGUGUGGCUAAGGCCAUACUUGACAGAGGAGGAAAGGUAAUCGAGAUAGAGUCAAACAAGAUUACAGCAAAACGUAAAUCACUGAAAGAUGGUGAAGCAGUUAUAACAAGUUCCGGACAUCUACCUUGUAACAAGGUUGUCCAUGCUGUAGGACCAGUUUUCCGAGACGUAGGAUUGUCCCAGAGCAGGUAUCUCCUUCGCCGGGCCUGUUUAAACAGUUUAAACCUCGCACAAGAAUGGAAAAUGACCUCUAUAGCAUUACCAGCCAUUGGCUCCGGCAGCUUUGGCAUGCCGAAAGACGAAUGCGCCAAUGUCAUGUUUGAUGCCGUUGAGGAGUUUGUUAAACAAGGCAACCCAAAGAAGAAAACGAUCACUGAUAUCAGAUUCGUGAAUAAUGACGAUCCCUCAGUUCAAGCCUUCAGGACGGAGUUCAUCUCUAGGCAUGGAAACAACCAAGAACAUUCCGGCAGACCUAUUAAAAGGCCACCAGAUGGUGUCGAAGGUGCGACGAACUCAGUGCCUACGUCUUCAAGGUCAAAUCGUGGUAAAAGUAAGAGCAGGAACAGCUCUGGCAACAAUCGGUCAUCGACGAAACCGGGUAACGUGGUUGGCAGCCAUCAUCAGAAUACUUCAGGUAGUUCUGUUGCUACAAAUGAUCACCCUUUAAGUACUUCCAAUCUUCCGUCGCAUUCAAACAAAUCUUACAGUGGUGCAGUGAAGAGCAAUACGGGAGGAGGUACUGAAACAAGAUCGCCCACAGCUCAGGAGCAUGGAGGUGCAGGGAAGAAGGGAUAUCAUCCCCCCAAUUUGGCCACGACGGACCGGAAAGAUGAAGAUUCUGCUUUUGGCGGAGCAGGCUCAGAAGCUGAAUGCCCCAUCUGCCUCGAUACCGUGACAAAUGCACGGACUUUGAAGUGUAAACACGUCUUCUGUAAAGACUGCGUGGAGACUGCGCUAAAGCACGACAACAGAUGCCCCGUCUGUAAAGAGGUGCAGGGCGUUAUGAGAGGAAAUCAGCCUGCAGGACAAAUGCAGUUUCACAGAGGACUUCAACGCCUUCCCGGCUAUAAUGAUUGUGGUACAAUCAUUAUCGACUACUAUUUUCCACCGGGAACACAAGGCAGGGAACAUCCUAGCCCUGGCCGAAGGUAUGAUGGCACCCAACGAACUGCUUAUCUUCCUGAUAACCGAGAAGGAAAUGAGGUCCUGCAGCUUUUGAAAAGAGCUUUUGAUGCUCGAUUGGUUUUUACUGUUGGAACCUCAGUAACAACUGGACUACAAAACCAGAUCACGUGGAAUGAUAUCCACCACAAGACUAGCGUGCAUGGAGGUCCUCAGGGAUUUGGAUAUCCAGAUCCUGACUAUCUGAGGAGGGUCAAAGAAGACCUGGCUGCUAAAGGAAUCCGCUGAUUGAAAGCAAUCCUACGUUUUUUUAAGGUUGAAAUACGUAGGAGUUAAUGUACCUCUCUUUUUACAGUAGUAUUGAAACAUCGAGCAAAAAGCAACUUAGCUUAAAUCACAGGCUUCUCACCUCGAAUCGAGUUGAUAAGCUUCUGCUAAGUAAACAGUUACCCUCGUCUUCGCGGACUCAACUUUCUUUCCUUCUCGAGAGACGUGCAAGACUGCACCUAGUUUGGUUAAUGUUGUCGCACCAAAGGUAAAACCCAAGCAACUGCUAAUCGUUAGCAUCACGGGCUUCGUCGUCAUAAUAGAACAGUUCGGAUCAAAACUAAGACGGUGAAGGAAGAACACAGUUGACACGUUUAGUAGUAACAUUCAUUUGCAUAAUUGAGUAAAAACUUUUUCUGUUUAAAAUUUGAAAUCUGCUGGUCUCGUUGAAAGAGAGAGCAAGCCACAAGCCAAAUUAAGGCAUUUCGUGUAAGUUUGAAUGCAAUAUACGUGUGUCGCGCAAAAUAGUGAAAAAGCAGUCUUUUGGCAUAAGUGAGUUAAUAGGUUUCACGUUAGCUCUUGACAGCGUCGACCAGUUGCAUUUAAAGCACAUAGCGAGACAAGAUUAGUGUAUUGCAGACCUUGCUGGAUUUGUGUUUAAUUUUACAGGAAUACCGGUGAAAGUCGUUUGUCGAUAGUUUUACUUUUUGAAUCUAGCAUGAUGGAGUUCAAGAUAUGGGGAUAACGUAUCAGUGAGAUAUCGUAUGUCCUUGAAUAGUCUAAUACUAGUUAUCUUGGCGAUGUUGCUGUGUGUAGUUUUGUAUCAACUUGAAUUAGUUUAACGCGUAAAGGCAACAACGGGCUUGCAUAUUUGUAGAAGUGAUAUUAUAGCCGAGUAUACCUGAUUCAUCUUUUCUUGUUAAUUAAAAUACUUAAAAAUACUUGUGAUUACUUUGAAGUUAAAGUUAGUUCGGAGUCUAUCUGAACCAUCACUGA